GAUACUAAAAUAAUUUUGUUUCAGUAACAUGGCGACUUCAUUGGUAAUCACAUUAUUCAUCAUAUUUUCUUGGACUUCGUUGUGUCGUGGAGAACCUAUCAUUCUUACGAAACUGGGCGAAAUCAAAGGCAUUGAAGAAAAUGGAGUUUAUCAAUUUAGAAAUAUUCCAUACGCAAAGCCACCUGUAGCUGAUCUCAGAUUUGCCAAGCCACAAGAACACGAACCAUGGGAGGGAGUUUUGGAUGGAACUAAAUUUGGACCGUCGUGUUUGCAAGAAGUUCCACUAGAGUUUAAGAGGAUGUUACCACACGAGAGGCAGUCGGAGGACUGUUUAUCCCUGAAUGUCUACACAGCUGGUCCUCUCUCUACGGCGUCCAACAAGUCUGUUAUGAUUUGGAUCCAUGGUGGAGCGUACUUAUUUGGACAAGGCAUGUACUUCGAUGCUUCACACCUAGCACGUGCCGGUGAUGUAAUAGUGGUGACCUUUAACUAUCGACUUGGAGUUUUCGGAUUUCUGUCAUCUAUGGAUGAUAAACUUCCUGGAAAUAAUGGACUAUGGGAUCAACGUCUCGCUUUGAAAUGGGUUAAUGAACAUAUCAGUUCUUUUGGAGGGAAUCCCAAAUCUGUUACGCUGUUUGGAGAAUCUGCAGGUGGCUUUAGUGUAUGUUUUCAUGCUUUAAAUCCUAUGAAUAGUGGACUUUUUCAACGAGUGAUUGCCCAAAGUGGAAUUCCUACUUCUUUAUUAACGCUAUGGCCAAGGGCAAAAUCUUUUUCCUUGGAUGUAGGGAUUACUUUAGGUUGUGCAAAGGACACUUUUGACGAAUCCUAUAUUUCGUGUAUGCGUCAAAUACCAGCUGAACGUCUUCUGUCUGCUCAACAGCAAUUGCUUUCAGUUCCUGAUACGUCAAUCCAAAUAGAACUCAAAAUGGGCCCAGUUGUUGACGGUUUGCUGAUACCUGAUGUUCCAUUCAGCUUGAUGACCAACAUAACGUCGCCAUCAUAUAAAUUCUUCCGGACACUGGAUUUUAUAACUGGAAUCACUAGCCAGGAUGGGUCAAUAGCAGCUCCUAGUUUAGCUGUUAUCGCAAAAUAUGCAAAUUUCGAUGUCAACAAUGGCUUUCCUACAAAUAUGUUCUUUGGACUUCUCUUCCCGGCGUUGGUAUCUGCCUUUUACGGUGAUUCGGUAAAGUACACACUGUCAAAAGGUUACGUUUGCCCCCUGUAUGAGAGUUCUGAUAUGCUUACACAAGCGAAUAAAGUUUUGGAUGCAUUUACGGACACGGUCUUCCUUGUCCCGGCAAUCAGUUCACUCAACAGCCAUGCCGAUAGAAACGAAGAAGCUAACACUUAUCAAUACGUUUUCGAGAGACCACAUCCUGAUCCACUGGAUCACAAGCGUCUUCCAUCGUGGGUCAAGGGCUCCUCCCAUACAUCUGAAAUAUUCUUUCUGUUCGGAAUUCAGGAUUUCUUUCGGAAAUACACCAUUGCAGUGGACUCAGUUGAUUUAGUACUUUCGGAACAAAUAAUGAAGUAUUGGAGUAAUUUUGCUAAACAUGGAAAUCCGAAUUCUGCUGAUUUACCGUUAUGGAAGAAAUAUAACAGCGAUGAGCGAUCCUAUAUUAGUCUGGAUACAAUGAUUACCUCUAAGUCUCGUCUGAAUCCGGAGCGUGUGGCCAUGUGGGAAGAAACUUUGCCAAAUCUAUUACAGUCAUCUUCACGUUACACCUAAAUCACAGAACCAAGCUGAUUGGAGAGUGCAAUAUCUCGCGCUUAUUUCGUGAUUGAACAUAUGUAGUAAAGAUUGUUGAUUUAUAUAAUUUUGAUUUUCCCGGUUCAACCAAAUGUUUGAAGCAAAAGGGAUGUAACUUUUGUAGAAAUUAUGAAACGGACUAUAACUUUCCCUC